AUGAGGGUCCUAAGGCCGGCUCGGGCCGGGCCGCCCGACCUGACGUACAAGCCUGGUUACAACUCAUAUAUGAUAUAUGCCAAACAGGCGCCAAACAAAAAUGCGGAAUUAUACGUGUUUUUUUCUGUGCUUUUUUUCAUUAUAUAAUUUGAAAGAAGCUAGCACGUUUUUUUCAGCUCGUUCCUUAGUCAAAAAGUAACGCUUUCGUGAACGAGGUGCAAUUUUUUCUUUUGGGACUUUUCAUUGUUAUAAUGACACAAAAGCCGCGAAUUUCCAUCCAAAUCCAUCGAGGAAUUGAUACAGCUUGAAGGGGCAUGAUGAAAAAGGAUGAAGAGCAGAAUUUGCGUCGCAAGGUAGUUCUCUCUAAAAGUUUGCUCGAUUGGAUAGAUUUUGCUGGGGCUCUUCCAGAAUCACAGUUACGACGUAAUAUAAAAGUGAUGGGAAUUGUAAGCUUCACUUUUCAUUUCCUAUGUUAUAUUAUCUUUCUAGUUUGGUAAAGACUCCCCGGAACGCGGGAUAGGAGAAGAUAUCAAUAAUUUCGUGAGAACGGAAAUUUUUCCAAUGGAAACUAUUGGAUCCGAUAAGUUAAAGGUGGGGUACAUUGAGAAAAAACGAUGUUUAGUGUUUUAGAUCAAAGUAUAUUAUUCUGCGUUCGACAACACUCUGUUUUUGCUGUUGAAUGGGGCUGACUACACGAAUAGUUUGCUGGAAGUUUUUUCAAACGAGAAGAGCAACGGCAAAGUUUUAUACAGUUUUAGUUUCAGAUUCUUAUUUUUUUCAGACAUUCUUCGAGAAGAUGCGAGAAAGUGAAGACAUGCACUGCCGUUCGAUGUAUUUUAUGUUUUUGACCUGUCACUUUCUAGUGUUUCUCGAACCAUCCUCGAGACUCGAUCUAGGCACCUUCCGAUCACUGCGAAGACUCAACGCACUCAGGUUUUCUGUUUCUCGAUUUGUUUCAAGGGAAAAGGAUCCUUAGAUUGAACACGAGAUCGAAGGUUCAGAAGAAGUUGGAAUCCCUGGAUUUUGGCAGCGAUUUCGAUGGACGUCUAGCCGUGCCUCGACUUCUAUUUGGUUUUCUGCGCAACACAGUCCGAUCCGACCUCGGUAGUUCUAGAAGGGUUGGUUGCUUUAUUUCUUACCUAUGACGUCAUUAAUUUUUUUUUCAAUUUUUAAUAUUCCUAUUUUUAAAGCGGGAGAUUUACGAGAAGCUUGAAGAAAGCCUCGAUUUGCAGCUGAGCUCUUUGUUGAAAUCAUUUGGUCUCACAGAAGCUGGAUCGUGAGUUUUUUCAGCAGCCAUGAAGAGUAGUUUAAAAAAAACCCGUUUUUUUUUCAAGGAAAUCUCUCUGUCAGUUGAACGAAAAAUUGCCGGUUGUGCACUUGAUCAAUCCGGCUUCGAUCAAACGCGACAUUCUCGCGGAAGUUUUCGAGUCUUGUCUUCCGAAUUCAAGUGAGAGGCGAGGGCUUUUCCAACACCCAUGUUCUUUGUGUUUAGCAUUCAAACCAGCCAAAGUGGCUUCGUCGAGUUUCUCACGUUUUUUGGACGAUAAUUUCAAAUCGCUUGGCGGAAACGUUCGUCAUUGAUUUUUAGCUGCUCUUCAAACUUAUAUUUCUGCAGUUACCUACACUCCAACAGGUAGUCUCACUUUUCGACUGCCUCAAAUUUGUCUUGGAUCCGAAAGAAUUUCCCAUCGACAUUACUUUCUCCACACCGGAGCUGAAGUUUGCUGAAAAGUAAGUAGUUGAAAAAAAGUUCCUUUUACAUCCUAAAAACUUUUUCUCUCCUUCCUUUCGGGGAUUUUCUCAGAAAGAAAACUACUUCAUUUUCAUUAAUAGCGAACUAAAUUAAUGAACUAUUUUCUAGUUGGAGGCGAUUUAUAAAUUGAAAGUAUGCUGGAAACUGAAUUUUUUUAUUCUGUAAUUUUUUUUUUUAGUUGUAUUAGAACUUCACGAGAGGUGAAAAUUGGAAAAAAAAAACUUAAUAAGCAGAAAUUUUAAUUAACACUUUUUUUUCAUUCAAAAAGUAGAUAGGAGUUACGUUGAUCGGUACACUAUUCGGCUCUGUCGAUAGAAAUGUUCAUGUUUCUAUUUUGCACACAUAACGAGCUCAGUUUGUACUUCGUUAAAAUUCUAAAUUUGAUUCAGCUUUAUUUUUGCUCAUGAAACGUGCGAAACAUGUUGCAGAGCUGUCGAAGACCACAUGUUGCACGCCGUGACUCUUUACGAAAAAGGAAACGAAGAGGACACGGGUCACCUGGUCGGCGGGACGAAGAAAGUCCGCAGCAAGGCAGAGCACGACCAACUGGUUGGUGCUGCUGACGCCCUGAGCUGACCUGCUUUCAGUUUGGCCAGGCGGUCGCUUAUUUGAAGGCGGUUUCUGUCGGCGACGUCGAUAAAGAGUUGGCGCGGCUGCGGGACAACUGCGACCUCUUGUGGGAGCAAGGCGGGUUCCGCGGCUGCGAGCAAAAGUCUCUGACUGGCGCUCUUUGUGCUCUGCCGGUUCGUCCCCCUUUUUUUUCUGUAUUUCGGUUAUCGCUUCAAAAAAGGAAAUAUUUGGCAAUGUUUUGAAAUUUUUAAAAUUAUCGGAUGGCGGAGCUUUUUAUUUAUUAUUUUUCUAAGACAAUAAAUUUCACCUUCGCUGUUGCAUAAGUUGUUUAUAGAGUAUAUCUUGAAUACUUUUUUGUCAGAAAUUUAUUUUUAGUUUUGAAAAGCGUCGUUCAAUCAAACGUCCAUCUAGCACUCUGUUUUAUUACUUAUCAUAUGUAAGUCAGCUUUCAAUUAGUAAAGUUUCUUUUUUUCUGUAUCUUUGCCCAGUAACUUUGCGUUCCUUUGGAAUCCUUUAAGAAACUUUUCUAAAUUUGAAAUACGGAAAAAUCUUUCAGCAAUCGUCGCAUUAAAAUCACAAAUCGAUCCGGCGUUAGAAACGAGCACCUUUUUGCUUAUCGAUUGUCGAUUUAGCUAAAUUUAGCAGCAAAUCGUGAAAUAGACGAGAUUUCGAAAUCAAUUACACAAUUUUAAAAACCUUCGGAAAAUCAUUUUUCACUUCAUUGCAUACAGUCUCAUUACUGACCAACACAAAAAGACUGUUUUUAUUUUUUGAAAAUCUCUGAAUCAUUGAAAAUAACGAAUCCAGCUGUUUACCUGGGGCCGUGUUCAAAGUUAUCCGGGAAAUUCAAAGAAAGGGUCAGAGAGGGAAAAAUAUCACUAAUUUUUGGAGAGUCAGAGUCAAUUUUGCGUUCCGAGAGAAUUAAUUUGAACACGGCAUUCACAAAUUACAUGGAAAUUCCGUCAAUUUGAACAUUAACAGCGGCGCAUAUAAAAUAUUCACCUUAUCCAAAUUUGCUUUAGUCGUUGAUGAGUUAAUGUAAAAUGUUGGAGGGUUUUGAGUUCUAUAACCGAAAUGCAAUCGAUUUUGUGGAAAAAAGAAAUUUUACAGAUGCAUCCGUGCAUCGGAGACGCGACGACGGUCGAAGAGAAAUGGCUGCUGCACACUUCGAAGAAAACGCUCCUCUCGACGUGUGCCUGUGGCUACUCGCAGGCUCUUCGCAGCGACCCCUUCACCGUCAAAGAGGCCAACUGUGACUUCUUCGAAUUGACGCGCGCUUUCACUUGCUGCAAACGUCUCCAACGCUUCCACUUCACCGUGUUCCGAGACGACGAUGAGGACAAAGAAGACGUCAGACCCCUUUGCAUCUCGGUUGAAGAGAACAGUUUCAGUGGAGCAAUUGGGCCGGUCCCAAGUCGAACUCUUUGAUCGAUGAGAAGGCCAUCUUGAUCGAGCGGCGAAUUCACCGGAAGUCACAUUUUGAAGAUUUUUCUGGCGCCGACAACUCUACGGAGGAAGAAGACGAAGACAGUGACGACGACGCUUCUCCGGUUUCAAAUAUCCAGAAAUAUUUCUAACUACUUUCCAGAACUCCGCAGAGGAAAUGGAGAAUCAUCGAACAUGCUCUCGCUCAUCAGAGGAACAAGACGUGACGAUGACGAAGAAAGGCAGCUACCUUGACGAAGAAGACAACGCCGAAGGGCCCAACUCCGCAGCCAACAACGUCCGCGUCGAACCCUCGUCGCGGAGUUCUGCGAUCGAAUUUGCUCAACGGUUGAAAAAGUUGGAAAGUUCUCCGAAAAAGGUAAACUGUUAGGUUGAGUCAGAAUGAGAUUGGCUCCUAGGGCGAAUACUUUGACGGCGUUCCGAACACGGUGACCAGCGGACGUCUUCCGCUGUUUCCCUCGUGGAUUCUCACGUGUAUCGGCGCUUCCCGGCUUUAUAGGUUCGUUUGUGUGUUUCGUAUAAUAACGUAUUCUUUUUGAGUUCUUUUUAAAUUUUCCUCCAGCAUGCAUCAUAAACUUUAUAUAGUCUGUGUGCCACGACUUGAAAUUUCACCAAACGACAUUCCGCUGUUCCGCUGCAUCGCCAAGCGUCUUUGCGAGCCUCGGUCUCGCUUUGAGUUGGUUCUCAUUUCUGAUAGAUGGACUGGUCCACUAGGAACACGUGUUGGUCGUGUUAUUAAAUACAAUGAAAAAGACGCCCAAAAACACGCAGCGGAACAUCGAAAUGUCGUUCGGUGAAAUUCCAAGUCGUGGUACACAGACUAUACUUCGAAAAUGAUUGCAAGUGUAGCAAGCGAAAGUCUUCACCAAGAUUUAUCGGAGAAUUAAAAAAAAAAUGGACAGCUUCAAAAUUCAAUAAGUUUUUUAUUCACGAUAUACGUUGUUUCGAAAACGAGGAGGCUUGAUGGAAAUUCUGGGGAAAAAAAGUUUUGAGUGACUUGUAUCGACUUCUUUUUUUUUUACACUUCUUUCGAUUCGUAAUUCAAGUUUACAUUUAUCUGAAGUUUCUAUUUCAGUCAUAGCACAGGACUCCGUCGAAUGCCGAAUUUCAAAAUUGGUGGCGAAUAUCUGACACCAGUUGUGGUCCAUUUACAGGUUUUCACAUAUUAUAAGACGAAAGUAGUUUACUUUUUGAAAAUUGAGGUGGACAUGAUUCACUGGAACCGAGAUCUUGACGCUCUUCAAAACGUCGACGACUACGGUAACGAAGUGAUAGGAAAGCAAAAGUUCGUGAGGAGACGUCAGACCGGAGACGAAAUCGCCAGGGUUCGUUCAAGAGAAAAAAAUUUGUCUCAUUUUCUAUUUAUAGGUUAAACUUUUCGUUGGUUUCGAAUAUGAAUGUUUACGAGGCCACCGUUUUUUUGUCAACCACCAGGGAGAGCCGUUAAUAUUUCCGAGGGUCUGUUUUAUUCAGUUUAAGUUAGAAUAUAUCAAUGAUUCCUUUUUUUUUCCCUAUUGUUCAAUUAGUUCAGAUUUCGAAUAUAAUUUGCAAAAGAGAGAGAGAGAGAUAAAUCAUAUAUUUUGUAUCGCUUACAUACUUUUGACACUUCUGGCAUAUCUUUUUUUCUGGCCGAGAAUAUUUUAUUUUUGGAAUUUGUUGUUUUCUCAAAAUUUAUGAGACUAUCCUGUGAUUUAAUAGAAUAAUACUCAAAAAAAAAACUUCUAAAAAUUUGAGCGAACAAUUACAGAAACUUCAGUUCUCCAUUUAUUUUAUUUUUAAACUCCUCCCACUUGGAACAAAAUCAUCUCCAAAUUUUAAUUCAGUCACCACUCCAAGCCUUUAAAAGUUUACUGGUUUAUCUACCAUUACACGGGAUCUCCUUAUCCAUUCCUCCAAGGCUCAAAUGAAGAUAAAUGUAUAAUGUAUUCUCUUAAUUUCAAGAUCCAAGUGAACUCGUUAGAGUUCACGCUGAUCUGUCAAUAAAUUAUUAUUAUUAAAAAAGACAUGAAAGGUAUCUUUUUUUAACUUCCAUUCUCUAGAACUAACUAGGGAACGUUUUUUUUUUUACCCCGAUUGAACUUUUGAUGAAAUUAUUCUGAAAUGUACUUCAGGACCUCCUGAUUCCAGGAAAAAAAUUUUCUCGCUAUAGAUCUUGUUUUUGAGUUUUACGCUUAGAAAUCACGAAAUAGUGUUUUUUGUCAUAAUUUGCGUAUUUCAGAACCUUUGAAGCUUCAUAAUUUGAAAGCUAGAUCUAUUGGGAGAAGUUUUUAUCUAGUUUUGUAAUCAGGAGGUCCUUAGGUACAAUUCUGCAAAGUUUCAUCAAAAGUUCAACCGGGAGCUAAAAAAAAAUCAUCAAAAGUUCAACCGGGAGCUAAAAAAAAAUUCCAAAGCGAGAUGUCUUGAAAAUAUAGACGUUCAGAAAGUUAGAUCAAUCUGUGUUUUGCCUGUGCCAGGAGAAAUUUGAAGGUCAAAUGAAGUUAAGAAAACAUAAAAAAGUAGAAAAUAUUGAUGCUCUAAAAAGAAAUAUAGUCAAAGUUGUAUUUUUCUCAAAAAGAAGUUUAUUUUAAAUUUUCCAUUUUGUUAUAGGGAUCGCACUACGCGCGUGAAAGAGAUUCGGAGCGUAAAUGCAACACAGAAAUGCUGAUGGCGGACCUUCCGAUCCGCAGGCCCUGCACUUGCAAAAAGCUUCCUCUGCAGGUGGCCCAGCUCUCUAAGGUGCACGUCGUCACGCCUAAGGCUCCAGUCGUUGUUACUCUUCAACCGACUGUCGAGGUUUUUGUUUUUCAAACGUGAAUUUUUUUGGCGACGGCUCCUCAGCAUAAAAUAAAUUAAUUUUUCAGAUAAGCGAACAUCAAGGGCAAUACGUCACAGGACAAGAGCCACUCAAGUUGGAGCGAGCCAAGUACUUUCAAGCUCACUACUGAAUCUAUCAAAAUGUUUGUUUUUCAGAUAUUACAUCCUGCAACUGCCCACCGUGUACAAUGGACCGAGCGGCACUUGGACCAUUGAGAAAAAUAAUGAAAACAUUGGAGUUUGGAAAGGGAACGCCUUCCAGGUGUCAUACGAGCCAAUUUCUUACUCGUAUUGGUAA